AUGUACACACGACCAACCCCAACACAUCCAACACCAUCCAACAUUAUAGAAUUUCUGCCUACCAUGGCAGCAUAUUCUCUUUUGAAUGAUUCAAUGAUCAGACACGCAGUCAACAUUUACCACACUGUAGCGGCCGGUAAAAUGGCACCAAUAAGCCGUCAAUCGCUACAAAAGAUCCCCCUGUCUUACGCGACCUGCUCAAUCGGCUGUGGCCCCAACGACACGCUGGCACGCAGACUCGAAGCAAUCAGCACUGCAGGAUUCAUCUCAAUCGAGCUUUCUUUCCCGGAUAUUCUCGAGUUUGGCACACAACUCCUCGGAUACCAGGUCCAGCCGGAUAAUUACUCCGUUUUAUUAGGCGUGGCCCGGGAUAUUCGACGAUUAUGCGAUGCGAACGCGUUGACUGUAAUGAUGUUGCAGCCAUUUGCGAAUUUCGAAGGAUGGCCGCAAGGUUCGGCGGAGCGGGAGGAUGCUUUUACGAGAGCGAAGGGCUGGAUUGAGAUUAUGAAGAUUGUGGGCACUGAUCUUUUACAGGUCGGAGCAACCGAUACAAGCGAAGAAAAGAUUUCUACCUCCCGCGAGGCCAUUGUCUCCGAUUUGCGUGAGCUAGGCGGCAUGCUGGCAAAGAACAAUUUCCGACUCGCUUAUGAAAACUGGUGCUGGUCCACGCACGCACCGGGCUGGAAAGAAGUAUGGCAGAUCGUCCGGGACGUCGAUCUCCCCAAUGUGGGUCUCUGUCUGGAUACUUUCCAAUCAUGUGGAAGCGAAUGGGGCGAUCCGACUACUUCUUCAGGGUUGAUCGAAGAUGAAACGGUGGAUCAACUGAAAACAAACUGGAACUCCAGCAUGCAAGAGCUAGCAGCCACUGUGCCUGGCGAUAAGAUAUAUUUGCUGCAGAUCUCGGAUGCGUAUAAAGUGUCGCCUCCGCUGGAAGACAAGGUCAUUGGGGGCUUGCGGCCGCGUGGUCGCUGGAGCCAUGACUUCAGACCCAUGCCGUAUGACGGUGGAUAUUUGCCGAUUGAGGACUUCGCACGGGCGGUGCUACAGACUGGGUUUAGGGGAUGGUUCUCUAUGGAGAUCUUUGAUGGGGGGCCUGAUGGCAAGGGGAGGAAAUACGAGUUGAAUGAAUUUGCAAAGAAGGCAAUGGACAACAUGCAGAAGCUUUUGGACAAUUGUGCUACAGAAGCUCGUUGA